AUGGGCGGAGAUGAUAAAGCGGGUUGCUUUAAUGAAUACUAUGAUGUGCAUUUAACCCCUGAAACUUAUUCCGAAUUUCUUAACGAAAAUAUUCUUUUUUCUCCUAUCUUGUUAAUUAAUAAAGAGGGAGAAAAAGUUGUUGUUAAUCGUCAGCAGGCAUUAAAGCAAGCCAAAGAAGCCGGGUUAGACCUUCUUUGCGUGGCUCCCUUGGCUACUCCGCCGGUUUGUAAAUUAGUUAACUAUUAUCAGAUAAGCAAGCAACAAAAACGAAAAAAAAAAGACCAGAAGGAAAAAGCGAUUAAUAUUUCCUUCAACAUUGAAAAAAAUGACUUGGAAGUUAAACUAAACAAAGUUCAUGGUUGA